UCUCUCUCUCUCUCUCUCUCUCUCUCCUUCCCGUUCACUCCUAAUAGGAUAAUUGAUAGAAAGCCUAAAUAGUCAAUACCGGUGGACUCAGAGAGGUCGUCGGAAGCUCUGUGGAGAAACUUUGAUGCGCUGCUGCUCGGAGCAGCAAGUUGCAGCAGCGGGACUCUGAGCGCCGGAGAUGCUCUGAGAGGAAGAGCUGAAGAGCUGAGGACCAAAACACUUUUCUACCGCCUCCAAUCUCGCGCUUUGCAGAUAUGGAUCAGAGGGCAGUGUGUGCCGGAUGCCACCGGCUGAUCAGAGACAGAUUCCUGCUCAGAGUCACUGACGGCCUCUGGCAUGAGGAGUGUGUGCGGUGCGCGGCGUGCGGGGACGCGCUCAGGAACUCCUGCUUUCUGCGGGACCGCAAACUUUACUGCAAGCGGGACUAUGCAGAUCUGUUUGCAGUGCGUUGUGGGGGUUGUGCAGAGGCCAUCUCUCCCACAGAACUGGUGAUGCGUGCAGGGGCCGCUGUGUUCCACCUGCGCUGCUUCACCUGCAGCGUUUGUUCCUGCCGCCUGCAGACUGGAGACCACUGUGUCCUCAGGGAGGGACAGCUACUGUGUGCCAGAGACGACUACCACCAGUGUGUGGCCAGCCCGACCUCCUCCGACACAGGUAAAAGUGAUGAUGAAGAAGAGGAGGAAGAAGAGGAAUCUGGGAGGGUUACAGGCAGACGAGUUAGAUCGGAAGAUCUGGAGAGCAAACGUCCCAAAAGGCCGCGCACUAUUCUGACCACUCAACAGAGACGGACCUUUAAAGCUUCCUUUGAGGUCUCAUCCAAGCCUUGUCGAAAGGUAAGGGAGACCUUGGCAGCAGAGACUGGUCUGAGCGUCCGGGUUGUGCAGGUCUGGUUCCAGAACCAAAGAGCCAAAAUGAAGAAACUGGCCAGGAGACAGCAGCAGCAGCAGGAGCAGCAGCAGACUCAGGAGCAGCUCGAGCACUCAUCACAUCACACAGCGCCCUCCUGUGGCGGUUUGACCUCUGAGCUGGAGCACCUGGGGUCCUCGUACACCCACAUUCAGCAGCAGCAGAUGGGACUCACCACACUGGAGCAGCAGGACUAUGACAUGGACCCCUUCAGACAGGGCCUGACCCCACCUCAGAUGCCAGGGGAUCACAUGCACCCCUACGGUUUUAAGGGUCUGUACGGGGAGAUGGACAGAGACCCUCUGUGUCAUGUGGCUGACAGCGACUGCCUGUCUCUGGGUGACUCCUCUCUGCUCACCCCUAUCGACCGCCUCUACUCCAUGCAGGACUCUUACUUCACCUCCUGAGGUUGGAGGUGGGACUCAGUGAAAAGUGGUGUGUCUCCCUCACUCUGCAUCGCUCUCCGGGCUCAUCACUUAUCUGUCUGUGCAACACAAUGUCCAAAAUAAAUGUUGGUGUUGUAUGUUUCUGCAAACCACGGAUAUGUUAGAUUUUUACGUUUCAUAUGUAGCAGAUAAGUUCAAACUUUACAUUUCUUUACGUUUCCAUUUUUAAUUCCAUGUUGUGACAAGGCUGUGGUUAAUGUGUGGUUCGGUUUAGGCACAAAACCCACUUGGCUAGGGUUAGAAAAUCAUCAUAUUUUGGGUUAAUCACACCCCAUUUGGUUGCUUCAAACAUGGCUGGACAUGUCCCGGACUCUCGUAAAAAUAUACCCACUUUUGUCACCACAAUCACGGCUAUAAAUGUCGCAAACUCAUUAAAAAAUACCCACUUUUGUUGCUACAAACAUGACUUGACAUGUCCCAAACUCUCAUUAAAAGAUACUUGCUUUUGUCACUACAAACGUGGCUAUAAAUGUCCCAAACUCAUUAAAAAAUACCCACUUUUGUUGCUACAAACAUAACUGGACAUGUCCCGAACUCUCAUAAAAAAAUACCUGCUUUUGUCACCACAAACGCGGCUAUAAAUGUGCCAAACUCGUUAAAAAAAAUACCCGCUUUUGUCGCUACAAACACAGCUAUAAAUGUCCCAAACUCUUUAAAGCAUACCCGCUUUUGCCAUUACAAAAUGACUAGAUAUGUCCCGAACUCUCGUAAAAAAAAUCCCAUUUUUGUCACCACAAAUGUGGCUAUAAAUGUCUCGAACUCAUUAAAAAAUACCCGCUUUUGCAAUUACAAACAUGGCUAUAAAUGGCCCGAACUCAUUAAAAAAUACCCACUUUUGCUGCUUCAAACACAGCUAGAAAUGUCACAUUAUAAAAAAAUGUUGGUCUCAAACGGUAUUCUGCUGCUUUCUGCUGCUUGGGAGCUGUCUUGCCUUGAUGUGACGCCAUCAUCCUCUCCUCCUCCCGAUGAGAAACUCAGCUCAUAUACAUGGAAUCUAUUAACUAUGUCAUACAAAUGUAACAUAUCCGAGGUUUGCCAAAAAGUACAAUUCCAACAUUUCCUUCUGGUGAUUGGGCUAUUCUGUAUCAUGCACAAGAUAGUUGAGGAAGCGGUCAACGCCAGGGGGACGUGGGUACACUGUGAUACCAUGCAAUAUACCAUGUGCACGUGCAUAUAAAGAUGAUUACACUACUGCCUCUUAUGCUUUACAAUCCCACUGUACGACACACAGGCUCCUGUGUAUGCACGAUACCGUCGGACCUCUCCCACUAUGUUUGAAUGUUAGAUCAUGAGAUCAUAACUGCAUCUACUAAUGUAAAUAGCUGUUUGGGUGUGUAUUUGUAUUUAUUCUCACAAUGUGUGUAUGCCGUUCAUCUUGAAUGAAUCAACAAUGAUUAAUAAAUAAUGGUUAUGAUACAGUGAAUAUUCAGUAUAAAAUAUGUGGCGUAGUGAGUAUGAGGCACAGGCUGAUCUAUUAUGAAGAUGGGGUAUUCAUGCUGAGGGUUAGAGCUGGGUCAGUCCAUCCUCGGUGCUUAUCAGUCCAAUCUAGGUGACAGGUCAGCGAGGCAUCUUCCCCUGGCUGUUGGGUGGAUCAUCAGAUUGUGAAACGCUGGGCUAUGACAGCUGUAUGGGUCAGUGGCAGGUAAGCAUCACAUCCACGCCGCCAUCAUCAACGCUCACAUUGUGCUCCUCACGGUCAAAGGCCCUCGCU